UGGGUGAUCAAGAACAAAACGAGCCAGGGUCCGUCAACAAAACUGUCAGCAUUCAGUCCAACAACAACGGCAACAAUGGAAAUGGAUGCUUUGCGACUGCGAAACAGGAUUCAGAUGAACCAGUCGUUUAUACCAGGCAGGCGUUUAUUGUCGAUCUUGUUGCACGCGUAGACAAUACUUUUACUAUUAGCUACACGCUCGGGAACAAGAACCUGGUGCUAUCCCUUCCAAGCGCACGUCACAGUGCAGUGAAACUCGAGAAUCAUGUCAAGGGAACCGGUCACCAGCAUUGGGAAUUUACCCGGGUUUCCAAUCUCCAACCAAUCGGCUAGUUGUCGCCACUAAGUACCACCUUGCAGAGGUGUUCAAGGUUGAGUCGUCGAAAGUGUUCCCGCAUAUAUGUACUACGUCUUUUUGUGUCUGCUUUCAUUGUGUAUGUGUAGAAGGUGACCAUCGAUGAAUCGUUCGUGGAGGGCGUGCAGAUCUCAAACAAGCAAUGCGCAGCAUAUAUGCACCAUCCAUUGUUGUUUUACCCAUUUACGCACGCUAGUAUGACUUCAGACAGUCAGUCAUUACCACGGUCAUUAGUAG